UAGGAAAAUUUCUUCUUCUGACAUCCCUUGAAUAUUUAACAUCCUUCUGUUCUUUCCAAUAUUUUCUUCAUUCCCAACUUUUCUAUCUUCUUAUUCCCAACAUAUAUAGUUCUCAAAAAUCAUGGAGUUAUAUGAUAUUACACAAUCCAUGAAGAAUAUUGAAAUGACUCAAUUGCUACCAAAUCACAACUCUAAUUAUAUGAUGACUACUUCUGCUCACUCUUUGUCCUUCAUGCCCAACUCAAUCGAUGAACAUAACGCGCCACAUCUUUUAUCAAUGCACGACGAGACUCUUGAUAUUGAGAAACGGAGUUCAAUGGAUGCAAUGAGGGAGAUGAUUUUUCGUAUGGCGAUGAUGCAACCUAUCCACAUUGAUCCAGAAUCAGUAAAACCGCCUAAGAGAAAGAACGUUAAGAUAUCGAAGGAUCCACAGAGCGUUGCAGCUAGGCAUCGGAGGGAAAAAAUAAGCGAGAGGAUAAGGAUUUUGCAGAGACUUGUUCCUGGUGGUACAAAAAUGGACACAGCUUCAAUGCUAGAUGAGGCUGUUCAUUAUGUUAAGUUUUUGAAAAAACAACUCAAAUCUUUGGAACAAGCUGCUGUUAAUAGGCCAAUGAUUACUGGAUUUUCCACAACAUUGAUGGCACAGCCUGUGGAUUAUUUAAGUUCUUUUAGGUCAUGCCAGACUUCUCAUUUGAUGAGCUCUAAUGUGCAAAUGCUAAGUUAAGUGAAGUGAAAGAAUAAUGUAUUUUGGGAAAGCAAUCUAAAUCAUGAUUAUGUUCAUUUAGUUUUUGUAAAGAUUUGGUUCAUACGGGGUAUUAAUCUUCCCUUUGGAUUUAGAAGUCUCGAUUGGCCAACACUUUUCUUUCGUUGUAUGGAUCGAAGUGAUAAAAGGCUGAAUCUCGAUGAAGUAGGAAGGUCAAAGUCAAUCGGCUUCUUGUUGUACUCAUAAUUUUGUCAACAGUUCAAUGAAAAAGUGACCAUUGGAAAUGUAAUUUUCCUUUUUUUUUUC